AUGGCUCCCUACUGCCGACCCUUGCGCUGGAGCGAGCCAGCUUGCUUAGACAGGGCAGGCUGCGGGGCACAGUUCUGGUGGACGAAGCCCGACAGCUUCCAAGACAGGGAUGUAUAUGGCCACUCCGCCACUGUCGUCGCCGGCCGCGUGUGGGUCCUGGGAGGCAAGAACCAGCCUGGCAAGCGGAUCGCUGUGCACACCUUCGACCCUUUUGCUUUGGUGUGGUCGGACCACUCACCCGCAGAUCGCAGUGUUGCGCCGACCAAGCGGUGGGGGCACUCAGUCUGCGAAGCGCCUGGACGCAUGCUCCUUGUGGUGGGCGGCUUUGACGCGAAGCACAACCUUCGCGAUACCUGGGCUUACUCCACAGAGGACGGCAGCUUUGCAGAGCUUUGCGACGACCUCCAGGUUUUCGGCGCAUACCACUCCCUGGCCUUUGAGCAGAAGAGCAGCCGAGCCGUUCUCUUUGGUGGCCAGUGCUGCGUCAACGGACCGUAUGAGUACUUCCAGGAUGUUCACACCCUGCAGUUCGAGGAGGACCAAGAAGAAGGCUGGAACCGGAUUCCCAUCAGCGGGCCUAAGCCCAGCUGCCGAGCUCAGCACGGAGCCAUCAUCCGAGGAGGGGCCAUGAUCAUGUACGGCGGCGCAAACAAUGUGCAACAGUUCAACGAUGUGUGGCUACUGGAUCUUCUUCACCAUGCCUGGACAGAGAUACGGCCGGAGAGGCUUAGCGCGCUACCGCCGCCGGUCGAGACGCGAAUCGAGGAGCAACAUUUUCGAGUGAAGUCCUGCCGAAGCAUUAUCGCCCUCCGAGGCAUGCAACUGCUGGUGCUGGGCCGCGCCCGAAAGCCCGCCACAGGCCGUUGGGGCCUUUACUCGUUCGACUUGCAAAGUGCCUGUUGGAAGGCAUUGCCAACUGCGCAGACAGCACUGUGGCGUGGCAAUGCAGCCGGCUGGGUGACUAAGCUGCCGGACGGCACGGAGGAGUUGUGGGUUCACGGUGGCCACAUGGAGCCGGGAAGUCGUGAGGCUCAGCAGCGGGUGCUUUCGCUGAACUCCGAGCCCUCAACGCUUAUUCAGCGCACCGUGCGUGGUAUCCAGGCUCUGCCGCCUGAGAACCUCAAGCUUGUUUUCUCGUAUCUCUCUGGCCAUGUGCUGGACCUGCUGUGA